AUGUCUCAAUUACACCGCGAGAUGCGAUCGUCUCACCGUAACGUGUCGCGUUCAGAAGGCAGAGCGUCGUCUAAGUCUGGACUACGCAGUCCUAGUCUGAAGAGCCCCAAUAUGGAUGCCGAAUACAACGAGUUUGACGAGAGCCUGAUGGACAUGAGUUUCAUGAGGCUGGACGACCUGCUGCGCCAAAAAAUACAGAGCACGGAAUCUCUGUCGUCCACGGUGGCGGUUGCCGGGUCACCGAUGAGUCGGCAGGAGAGCAGGGCAAAUUCGCUGAUCGGGUCCAUCAUCGACAGCGAGGAAGAUACUGGCGCGGGCGAGGCCGGCGACGAGGCCGGCGUGGUGAAAAUAUACACUGUUUCGGACGUGAUAACGGCGCUGGGCCAAUCCAGAAGCAAAAUUAACUCCUCGUCGCGAGAAUUUUUGCUUGGCGAACUGUAUCGUAUGAUUGUGAAAAAGCCUUUGGGCUCCAACGGAAAGGUGGUCAAUGAGACGGACCUGGAGUCGUUGAUCUCGUUUGUCAAGACGGCACGCUCCGGGCUCGAAUUUGUGUUUGCUCUGCGCUCUGCCGUCGCAUAUAUAGCCAGCGACUCAGAUGAGGUGGCUACGGUAGCUGUGGAGAGUUUGUUUCCUGUUCUGCUUGAUAAAAUCUACAGCACAGAGGAGACCUACGAGGGCGUUCGUUCGAGCUGUUUAAUUGCAUAUGCGAGCUUACUUUUGGUAAUUUACAACGAGUCGCAUUGCUACGGUCUGGAAAAUAGCGUCGAGACUCUGAUGGAGCUGGCCGAAGGGUUUAGUGCCGGCAGUCUAACGGAAAACGACGAGGAUAUUGUUGUGAAUGCCCUUAAUGCGGUUGGUGUUGUGGUAAGUCUGCUUUAUAAAGCCGGACGCGAGGUCAACACCGUCAUACAGGACAAUAUUCCGCUUUUGAUGAAUUUCCUUGCUGAGGACUUCACCAAGAAGGUCCAGAAAACGGCUGCUGUCGUGAUUGCGUUGAUGUACGAGGUGUUUGAUUAUGAUGACGAGGACGAACCUUACCACGAUCUGGACGACCUGAAGAAUAUUCUGACACAGCUGGUGAGAUAUUCCUCGAAGAAAGUGAGCAAGAAGGAUAAAAAAGAGUCUCGGUCAAUAUUCAGAGACGUUCUGCGGAGUAUCGAGAAACAGGAGCACGAAGAAAAUGAGGAGACAGAAGUGUUGUCGAGAUUCAGGCUCAGCGGGUCUAAGACGCUACCGAUCACCAGCUGGUUCGAAUACAUCCGUCUACUGCAUCUCAGAUAUAUUUUUGGCUCCGAGCUGAAUUUGCACUAUAUUUCUUCCAGGGAGGUGCGCAACCUGCUGGCCCCGCCGGAUGACGAGGCUGCCAAAUACAGGUCAACGGACGACGAGUACCAGGAAAACGACAAAGCAUGGAAGUCAGAAACAGGACGCCUGAGCAGUAUUAAAAAGGACCAAAAGAUACGGGAAGCACGAGAAAGAAAAGUGCGCGAACAGCUAGGCGACCUAGCGCUGGAAUGA